AACUCGGGCCGUAAAGCUUCCAACUUUUCAUUUAUCUUUCAUGUUCCAAACAAAAAAAUAAAUGUUUUUCUUUCAGGUGCCAAAAUACUAGACUUCUUUUGGCUGUUUCUUGAAAAGAACAAAGAUUUUGUUCAAGUACGAAGUAACUGGAUUAUUUCAGAGGCGGCUCAUGAGACCCAUCAGGCUUCCUAAACCGCCCAUAGGACGGAGGAGCACGGCUGAGGUGUUCGAAGGUGGGAUUUAUGAGUCAAUAAAACGGGUUGUUGUGAUUGGAAAUGGCUUCUCGGGAGCUGAGAAUCAAUGCAUCGGUUUGGUUCGGGCUUUAGGCCUCUCGGGUCGUCAUUCUUUAUAUCGUGUUACAAGGCCAAGGGGAGGGAUUAAUGAAUGGCUUCAUUGGCUUCCAGUUUCUCUUCAUAAAAAAGUGGAUUAUAUUAUAAGGCAAGUUUGCAGCUAUUCGCGAUUUCAAACGGAAGCUAGAGGGAAUAAAGUGGUUCCUUUUUUAGUUCAAAAUACUGGCUUGUCCGAUGUUCUAGAAGCUGAUGCAAAACAAAUUGCAAUGAUGGCCCGUGAUACAUUUGAGAAGGAUGGUCCUCUGUUGUUGGUUGCAUCUGGUCGGGAUACAAUUUCUGUUGCAAGCUCCAUUAAACGGUUAGCUACAGAAAAUGUUUUUGUUGUUCAGAUACAGCAUCCACGGUCAAGGCUGAAUAGAUUUGAUUUAGUGAUCACUCCUCAGCAUGAUUAUUAUCCACUGACUCCUCAAGCGCAGAAACAAGUCCCUUGGUUUCUCCGGAGGUGGAUAACUCCCUGUGAACCUCCUGAUAGACGUGUGGUUCUCACUGUAGGAGCUCUUCAUCUGGCUGAUUCUGCUACACUCAAAAGUGCUGCUUCUGUCUGGCAUGAUGAACUGGCACUGCUUGCAAAGCCCUUACUUGUUGUCAACAUUGGAGGACCAACAAGCAGCUGCCAAUAUGGUGUGGAUCUUGCAAAGCAGCUAACAGCUAUGCUGCCGAAUGUUCUUUGGAGUUGUGGCAGCGUCAGAAUAUCUUUCUCAAGAAGGACUCCUGAGAAGGUAUCAAAAAUCUUAUUUAAGGAGUUUAGUACCAGUCCAAAGGUUUACAUUUGGGAUGGUGAAGGUCCUAAUCCACAUAUGGGACAUCUAGCUUGGGCUGAUGCUUUUGUUAUAACAGCUGAUUCGGUAAGCAUGUUGAGUGAGGCUUGCACUACUGGAAAACCGGUCUAUGUUAUAGGUGCUGAGAGAUGUACAUGGAAGUUUGCUGACUUCCAAAAGUCUCUGAGGGAACGAGGAAUGGUUCGCCCUUUCACUGGCAAAGAGGAUAUUUCCAAGAGCUGGAGCUAUCCACCAUUAAAUGACAGCGCAGAGGCUGCUAGCCAGGUGAUGAAGGCACUUGCUGAGCGUGGAUGGAUGAUACAUACAUAAUCCAGCUUGUAACAUUCGAUUAUUAUCCAAUGUUUUGCAAUUGCUUUCAUCCAGUUUUUACUGACAGUGAUCUUAUUGUGCACACAUGUCCAAGGGCAUACACAUCAUAAAAGUUUUUCUUUUUGUUUUUUCACAAUUGAUUUUGUCACGCCUUGUUUGUUGUUCAACAACUACAACUUUGAGCACAAAAACCUGUUAUGAAAGGUAAAAGCAGACAUGAAUUCUACUGUAAUCACCAUAUUUCUAUCUAAAUUCUAAUCAAUAGAAUGAUCACAUUUUUUUUUUCUCCAUCUCUGUUGAAAUAUAAAAGUUUGAACUGUACCAUAGAUGCAUCAUUAAUUAAUAUUGGCUUCCCCUCUCUCCCCUGAAUACUGAUGUCUGGGAAUGAAACAAGAUCCUCCUCAUGAAACACUUCAGAAUGCAAUGCUCAUCCACUAACAGGGUCAUUCGGAUUUGACAAUAAUUUUGGCUUUGGCGGAAAUUCAAGUUAAAUUUGCAACAUUCGAACUACUGAAAAAAACCUCUCUAUUUGAAGCAAUUUGUACCACCAGCAAAUAUUUUGUUUGGCAUGAAUCAACGUAUGCUUGAAAGCUUCAACCUUCAAGUAACAAAGUUUUGAACAUAAUUGAUCUUAAAACCUCACAUUUCUCCCUCUUGUUAUUUAUGAGUAAAUUAUCUCGCGCGAAUUAACAAAAUCAGAACUCGACAGAAAUGCAUAAACAAGAUUGCAGA